UAAGACACGCCUUUAUAUUUCACGCCGGGAGAGAGGUGUAGGCGCUACUAGGCCAAGAUCUGGGAUUUGCCCGCUGCGCAAGCGACGCGCUGGAGCGAGGGCGGGCGAAGUGCGAUUUCAAACAACACGGGCAGGCGCGGGCGGCUAGACAAGAACGAUCGUACCAGUAGCGAGUCCGCAGAGCUCGUCGAGCGUUAGCGCUGUAGAGCACGAACGAUCGAGAGCAUCAUGUCCGGCUACAUGUCAUCCGGUGGCUCGUACGGCAUGGGCGGCGGCUCGCAGCCGUCAGGCUUUCACGACUCGGCCAACGGUGGCUUUGCCACUUCGGCAACAAAAAUAAGUCGCAAGGAGCUCGAUGCCAUUCUGCGCCAAAUCAAGAGCAGCGGCCUGUUCAACAAGCAGCUCCAGUUCAUCUGUCAAGUGAAUGGGCUGAAAAGCAGUGGCGUCAAGGCUGACCUCCAGCGUCGAAUAUCAGAUCUGGUCCAAGACGCAUACAACCACCAAGACCUCCCGCGUUUCGAGCAAGUCCGAAAGGGCGUUUUGAAUGCGGCAUCAAGCUCACAGAAGCCGACCAUGGGACGUACCCAGCAGACCAGCCAUUUCCCACCCUCUGGCUCGAGCGCUGCGCCAAACAACCCAUACGUGCCAGGCUAUGGGCAUGCAUCCAGCGUGGCUGCUAACGGUUUAACGUACCCUCUGCCACGGGCUGGAAUCGCCUUCCACCCGAGUCCGUUCUACACCGUCGAGGCUCAAGUAGGUGACGUGAUCACCUGCGAACCCAUGGCGCACCAUCGCCACAGCGUACACAUGUUUCUCCGGGUUAAUGACAAGCCUGAAAUCCAACGCUGUGUGAGCGAUCCGUCGCACAGGAUCAUGCUGUUCUGUGCUGGGGACAACGUCGGUGUGCAGCACGUCGCCUUUCCCCAACAGUCGGAGAUCAAAAUAAACGGAGGCGAUUUCAAGGCGAACUUGCGCGGUCUGAAGAACAAGCCAGGGUCUACUAGACCGGUUGACAUCACGAGCGCGCUCCGCCUGAAGCAGAGCAACUACCCGAAUAAAGUUGAGCUCACUUAUGCGUUGACCCAAAAGAAAUUCUACGUGGUUGUUUAUCUCUGCAAGAUCAACACCGUCGACGACCUGGCAAAGAAGCUGGAGACACGCCAAAGGAUACCCAAGGACUCGGUGAUCGCCGAAAUCAACAAGAAGAACGCAGAUCCAGAUGUCGUCGCAACGUCAUCUGUGCUGAGCCUGAAAUGCCCCUUGUCGUAUAUGAGACUACAGACACCUUGUCGCGGAACGCAAUGCACACACAUCCAGUGCUUUGACGCGACUUCGUAUUUGCAAUUGCAGGAGCAAGGGCCCCAGUGGAAAUGUCCCAUUUGCAACAAGUCCGUCACUUUUGAGCAAAUGGCUGUUGACGAAUAUGUCAAAGACAUAUUGGCGAGGACUUCAAGCUCUCAGGAGACAGUCACAAUCAAUCCAAAUGGGCAAUGGACCGCCAAAUCGGGCGACCACGACCGCGGUAGAUCUAACGGAAGCCACCUCGGCGAUAGCGAUGAGGUUGAGAUCUCGGAGGUCAACUCCAUCUCCCGACCUCGCAUCGAAACUCCGCAAACAGCAACAUCAUUACCCAGUUCCUCGCCGUCGGUGACAGGGCCCGGCUCAAGUCAUGGGCCCCGAGGAGUGGCAUCCACCAGCGCGAAACGGCCGGCACCACAGGUUAUCGACCUCACUCUGUCCGAUGACGACGAGGACGAUGAGCCGGUGCAGCCUCCCACAAAGCGACAGAACACGGCCGGCUUCCGACGAUCGACCGAAAGCAUGGGCUUCCUGAGCGAAUCACCGCGGCCACAUCCAUUUUGAAGCCGCAAGGGAGUUCUUUGGAGCAGCAGGGACAGAGGCAUCCGCCACUGCUAUGGACGAGACUUAU